AUGGCUCUAGUGCGAAAGUUUGGUAAACUAGAUUUCUUCCUCACAAUGACAUGCAAUCCUAAUUGGGAUGAGAUCAAGAAUGAGCUUUAUCCCGGUCAGAGUCCACAGGACCAUCCAAAUCUUGUAACUCAAGUGUUCAGGGCGAAGUUGGAGGAGCUCAAGAGGAUGUUGAUGGAAAAAGACAUACUUGGAAAGGUCCGUGCAUGUGUAUAUAUCAUGGAGUUCCAGAGGAAGGGCUUGCCGCAUGCACACUUUUUGCUAAUAAUGCAAAGGAAGUACAAGAUCACGGGUCCUGAACAGUAUAACCUGCUUAUCUCUGCUGAGCUACCAAACAAGAAGAAGUACCCUAACCUCUACAGGAUGGUGAUGAAGCAUAUGAUGUAUGGCCCCUGCGGGACGCUAAAUCCAUUAUAUCCAUGCACAAGGGGACGUACUUCAUGCAAGAACCGUUACCCAUGGCCAUUCUGCGAUUCAAUGUCGCAAGGUAAGGAUUUGUACCCCAUCUAUUGGCAACGCGAUGAUGGUCAUAAGGAAAUAAUGCGAGGUCACAUCCUGGACAGUCAGUGGGUCGUCCCAUACAACCCAUGCCUGCUGCGUACUUUCAAUUGCCACAUCAAUGUUGAGGCAUGUAGUAGCAUUAAAUCCAUGAAAUACCUAUUCAAGUACAUAUAUAAGGGCCAUGACAGAGUGUCUGUGGCUGUUAGGGAUGCUAGAAAAAAAGAUGACAAGGGAAACGUUGAUGAGAUCACGCAGUACAAAGAGACCCGGUAG